CAUCACACCUUCUACGCCUUCCAGCGCAUCACCUCUAGCUGAUCGCAACACCCUCAGGCUUCAUACCUAUCAAUUGACUUUCGACCCCUCUCGUCGCGUACUCAUCUAGGCCUUUGCGCGCCCAUCACGUCAUCCGCCUCAAGCGCUUCUCAAAUUACUAUACACAUUAUGACUGAGUCCGAAAUUCAGCAGGGAGACCAAGUCUCAUGGUCGUGGGGCUCAGGACAGCCUGGCGGCAAGGUUGCCGAGGUCAAGGAGCAAGGCGAGAUCGCCAUCGAGUCCCAUCGUGGUAACACAAUCAAGAAGAACGCCGAGCCCGAUAACCCAGCCGUCCACAUCGAGCGAUCCGGUAACGAUGUAGUCAAGCGCGCUUCCGAGCUGCAGAUCGAAAAGAAAGCCGAUGGCGGCUCCAACGGCGAGUCGAAAAAUGACUCUGAGUCUGACAAGAAGGAAGGCAAGAAGGACGACAAGCCUACCGAGUCUGAAAAUAAAGAUGAGGAAAUGAAUAAUGCUCCUGCUCCCGAGGAGAAGGAGAUUGAGGAAGAAAAGCCAGCUGAGAAGAACGGCGACUCCAAGGCCGAGCAGGACAAAGCCGAGUCCAAAGAUGAUGCUGCCAAGUCUAACGGCAAGUCUGAAGAAGCUGAGGCUGGCGACAAACGCAAGGCUGGAGAGACCAAUGGCGCCGACGCUGCUGAGAAGGAGGCACCCGCUUCGAAGAAGACCAAGACCGAUGACGAUGAAGACGAAAUCGAUGACAAAGCUAAUGCCGACGAUAAGGCUACGGGCGCCGACAAGACCGAGAGCAAGUCCAAGGCUAAGGCCGGCCGCCCCAAGGCUGCUGAGAAGGAGAAGAAGGAGAAGAAAGAACCUGUGAAGAAGAAGCAGUCGAAGCCUGCGGCUACCGAUGAUGGUCAGCCUAGGCGCAGCGCCCGUAACAAGUAAUCAAUCGCUUCCGGCGACAUGGCAGUUCGUUACAACACAGAGACUCUGGCAUGACCCAGAGUGAUGGGUUGAGCAUUUUCGUGUUUGAUUUUUGUGUUAGGCGUAUGGAGAUGACCGACGGGAAAAGAAUUGGUAAAAGUCUUGGCGACAUUUGUGGGAUGGGACGUUUCUUGUAUUCGCUAAUUCGCUGGCGCUGUUCUUUAUCUGCGAUCUAGUAUGUCGACAACACCAUGUGUUGCUUGUCGAAGCUCAUGCUUGUGACAUAAGCGAGAGCGAGGCGGAGUAAGGUUUCAGGAACGCAUGUAGUUAGCUGAAGAAAUGUAACGUUAAUUGUGCUU